AGAGGAGAGGCGCCACAACGCCGCAGCAGACGACGCUCAAUAAUGGAGGGAGCAGACCUACCAACGCUGGGGCUGGCAACCUCAAGCACACCCAGCGGGAUAUACCGCCGAUGACGCGGGAUAAGGAGGACCUGAAGGUUCCAGAAUCUCAACGAGAGACAAUUUCUUUUAUUUUCAAUUGAUCACUCUAUAAUCUUGCACCGCCAAAGCUCGGUACUUGUAGGGUAGUUUGUUGUGUUUUCUAGUCGAACUGUUGGUGUUGCGUGUCAGCAGUAGUGUGUUGUGUUCGUUGUGUGUGUUGAUGUUGAAUUUGGGCACGUGCGGUAUUUCAGACAAAUCAUAAACCGUGUGGUCAAGAUCAUUUCAUCUCAUAUUUAUGUUUAAUUUCUUUCUAUAAACCAUGGACGAUGAGAAAUCAGAAAACGUUCUUGUUGAGUCUGUUUAUCGAAACGUCCUGGGUGAAUUUUCUCAUUUUAAAAACGAAACGACAGCAAGAGUGUCAUACCAGCAUUGCUUAGCGGUAACACCCAAUCUUCACCUAAAUGCUGGCCAACCUCAUAUACCGCUGGAUUCGCGAUUUAAAUACGAGGUUCAUCUGCCAAAGCCUUUCUUACCCCCUUCAAAGAUUAAUCCUGACUGCCUUAAAGAUGGCGACCCACUAACUAAGAUAUUGCAGGACAAGAAAGAGUGGCAGAAUGACCUUGAUGCCUUAGUCCGUAAUGCAAAACGAGGACAGAAAUGGGCUGAGAAGCAAAAGUAUGGACUUCACACUUCAAAAGUGAAGAAAAAUGAUGCUAAGGAGCACAUUUAUACCGUGAGCAGCCAUGUUGCAGUUGCGAAGCACAUUGCUGCUGACCCUCAUCCUUAUUUCUCUGGGAAAUACAAUUGGCUCGCUACUGGAGGAUGCCUGUCAGAGUGUACAGUUAAUGGAGAGAAAUAUAUUCUGCAUCCCACAGGGGAGAACAUGAACUUGUUACGUAUCACGAGUCUUGAUAUACUUGUAAAUGAAAUAUCAGCAAGUAGACAAGCCCCCCUUAAGGUUCCUCUAGCUGAAGGCCAGAGAAUUUACCAAAUUGCUUGCAGUAAUGUUGGAAACCGAGGUAUUGCUGCUGUCAGGCAAGAGAAAACUUGUUCUAUAGUCAGCAUAAAAGAAGGGCUGAAAAAACCUUUAAGUGCCAGAACUGUCUUGGAAAUACAGGAGAAAGAUGGGGUGUUUGUUAGCAUUGACAUCAGCCAGGUGGAGGACAAACAAUUUUGUACUUUAGAUUCUGAUCAAAUUCUGAAAUUAUGGGAUCUAAAUACCAGUUCUUGUACUGGCAGUGCAGAAAUGCCAGUUUGUGGUAAUGAGCCAAACAGUAGAUCCUGGGGAUUUGUGAAAUUUAGUACAAGAUCUGAUGACUUGUUUGUUAUGAAUAGGAAAACAAUUUACAUAAAAGACAGAAGGAUGCCUCUUUCACAAAAUGUCAUUGAAUUUUCACCAAAGCAAAUUGUGGAUGACUGUGAGGAUCUCUCUUUCCUUCUAAAUUCUUUAAAUUCACCAUUGGCAUAUGUUGCUACUAAUCAUCAUUUAUUGAGUUUGGAUCUACGUUCUGGAUGGACUCAACGUUGGUCCCACCUCAUGCAGCAGCCGCCAUUAUAUGGUUCAGUAUACCCAGGAACAGGGUCAGAAGAAGUAGUGAUUUUGAGUAGCUCCAUAUCAGAUGACUCAAAUGCAAUUGUGAAUAAAUGGAAAGAUUGUAAACCAAUCUCUGAAACUUUUCCUAUUGGACUGCCAUCUUUAGCAGAUUGCCUUCUGAGAGCAAAUGCCUAUGGCAAAUGUCUUGGGGCCAGCCUGAAAAAGAGAUUGCACAUGGCAACUACUGGUUUGAUUUUAUUGUGGCAAGAUGGCAACAAUGGAUUUAUGUCCUUGAAGUCAACAUCCAUUGGAGAUGUCAUCUCACAGCAAUUUGCUCCUGAAGUAAGACUAAGCGACCAGUAUGAUGCUUCCAGUAGAGAGAAAGAAUUUAAAGAAGUAAUAAAAUUGUGGGAAGGAUGGGAGAAAGACCAUGAAAAAGUGUGUGCUAAAUAUAUUCCUGACCUCCGAUGCCCAACAUACUCCUAUGAAACAUCGUUCAAAGCAUUAAAGUCUUGCAAAGACUCAAACCCCGAACUUUCGAAAUGGCAUUCCACUUUUUCUAAAUGUAAAGACGAGACAAGACAUUGCGAAUUUUGUGUAGGAGAGGAGUUAGAUGAUUCAGAUUUUAAGAAGACAUUGUGUGAUUUGGGAACCUAUAAAGAUCUUAUGGCAGGAGUUCUAUUAAAAGCUUGGGACAGUGAAGGCUUAACUACAAAAGUUGAAUCUAAAACGUACGUUGAAAAUUGGUUAAAGGAUACGACUGGUAAGUCUGAUGAUAUAGGAUUUCCUGAAGAAGAUUUUGGUUUCAAAGUUCCAGUGACACCAUCCAGGUGUUCAAAAAGAAUUAAACGGGAAAGUUUGGGCUUUUAAUUUUUAAACUGUGUGAUUGGUUUGACAAAAUGAAAUUCAACUCAGUAUAUUUAUUUAUUGUACUUUUGUACACUCCAUACAAUCUAUUUUUACAGCCAAGAAAAUAGAAUUGCCGUUUUUUUUUUCUAGUUUCAUGUGAGAUAAAUUAAAUUUUGUGUUCUACUACA